AUGAGCCCCUCACGCAAAGCGACCAAGUAUCCCCCUUUCCGCGAUAUUGAUGCCUGGGAAGCUUUGAAAGGGCGUGACCUCGAAUACGCUAUCAAUCUUCUUGUCUCUGAAUUCAAUCUGUGUGAAGAUUUCAUGACACUCAUUGCUGAAUAUCGCACCACUCAUGCUAAAGACAAGCAUUGGACCCAAGUAUUCAAGCUUGAGGAUGUUCAUGUCGAGAACUCAGCUCGUUACAGCAGCGUCUUGAAAUCGAUCAUCGAUUUCAUGGGUCCUCACUGGACAACUUUUAUUGCGUCCGCGCGUACUCUUGCAUCUUUCAGCGUACUCGGCACAACGUAG